GGUUUUGUGCAUGAGAUGGGCAAUUGCGUCGGCGGCGGUGGGGAAGUCAUCGAGGUUUUUGUUUCAGAAUCUGCUCCCGAAUCGGCUGAACCUAUGGAACGAUCCACCAUGACCACUUACUUCAGCUACCCCGAGCCAGCCCUCCGUGAGGAGCUGAGGAGGAUUGCCAAUGCCAUCGUUGCUCCCGGCAAGGGCAUCCUCGCAGCCGACGAGUCUGUCUCUACUAUGGGCAAGCGCCUGGCCGACAUCAACGUUGAGAACACUGAGGAGAACCGCCGCAAGUACCGCCAGCUCCUCUUCACUGCUGACAAGACUGUAGCUGAAAACAUCUCCGGCGUGAUCCUCUUCCACGAAACCCUUUACCAGAAGGCCGAUGAUGGAACUCCCUUGGUUAACCUCAUCAAGGAGAGGGGCAUCAUUCCCGGCAUUAAGGUCGACAAAGGUGUUGUCCCCCUCAUGGGAUCUGAAGGCGAGAGCACAACCCAGGGUCUCGAUGACCUCUCCCAGCGCUGUGCUCAGUACAAGAAGGACGGCUGUGACUUCGCUAAGUGGCGCUGUGUCCUGAAGAUCGGCAAGAACACCCCUAGCUAUCAGGGCAUGUUGGAGAAUGCCAAUGUCCUCGCUCGCUAUGCAUCCAUCUGCCAGAUGAAUGGUCUUGUUCCUAUUGUUGAGCCUGAGGUUCUUCCCGAUGGUGAUCACGAUUUGGACCGCGCACAGAAGGUUACUGAGACUGUCCUUGCCUUUGUGUACAAGGCUCUGAACGACCACCACGUGUACCUUGAGGGCACCCUCCUUAAGCCCAACAUGGUCACUGCUGGUCAGUCAUGCCCCAAGAAAUACACUCCCCAGGAGGUUGCUAAGGCCACAGUGGUUGCUCUGUCCCGCACCAUGCCCGCUGCUGUUCCUGGCGUGACCUUCCUCUCUGGUGGUCAGUCUGAGGAAGAGGCCUCAGUCCAUCUUGAUGCUAUUAACAAGAGCACUGAUGCCAAGAAGCCAUGGGCUCUCACCUUCAGCUAUGGUCGCGCUCUCCAGGCUUCUGUCCUCAGGGCAUGGGGUGGCAAGGACGAGAAUGUCAAGGCUGGCCAGGAGCAACUCAUGAUGCGCGCUAAGGCUAACGGCAAUGCUUCUCUCGGCAAGUACGAAUGGGGCUCAUGCAAGGGCUUUGCUGGUGACGCUGGACUCUUCAUCAAGGAUCACGCUUACUAAAUCCACUCCCAACGACAAGCGAAGUAAGAUCUCAUAUCCUCAGACAGACGUUGGGGAUUAUUAUCUUUGGAGCGCCCUGCUAGCUAUCCUUAAAAUCAUGUACAGUCCGACAUUAAAUUCACCUACCCUUUGCCAGAGGAUUAUAGGUCUCAACCAGACGAUAUUGUAUCUGGGAUCAUCACCAUCAGGUUAAAAAUUGUUAAGCAGUUUUUUUUGAUGUGUGAUGUUAGAAUGUACCUGUUGAUGUCAAUAUGAUAGAUUGAUUAUUUUAAGUCCAACAACAGCUGUGCUAAAAUGCUAAAGACAUAAUAGUCAAGUAAAACAUUAUAUAUAAUAGAACAACUAUUGAAAUGAUCAUAAGUCCUUAUAUCUCAUCAUUUAACUCUUGAAUUCCAUAUUUCAUUCAAGUACAUGUGUUGAAUAAAUCUGCGUCUUUUGUGUACUAGCUUCUUUCUGUGAACAAGAUGGAAGGCUCAGGAAGGAGAGAAAAAAAAGAGUAACCGCAUCGAAAAGAAAUCAAGUACUAUGCGUUUUGUUUCUUCUUUACGUGCGAGUACAAACCAAAACUCUUGGGUCCUUCGUGUCUGGUCCCCUUGCAAUAAGAUUUUUUUUUUUUUGAAGAAUAAUAACAGCAAGAAGAAUCAACUUAUUAUGUUGUCCUCUGUAUUUAUAUAUUUAUCACGUGCGGUAUGAGUUAUUGCGAAGGGCAGUUAAAAGAAGCAGGUAAAAGACAGAUACAAAAAUGUCUUGGUGUCGGUUCAGCACCUGUGUGAGAGUCAUGCUAUGUAUACAUUUUGUAUAUGAAUGAAGUGUGUAUAGUAUUGUAUUGUUGUAUUGAGCCUGUGGUAUGUUGUAAAUCAUGCCAGAGUGAAGAGAAGUUCUAUCAGUUGUUCAUAAGGAGCAGUGUAACAAAAAAGAUUUGUGAUAUAAAAGUUUGUUAAAUAGUUCGUCUGUUUCUAUAUUUAAAAAUGAAUUGGCAGAUCAUUUAUCUUUUUUACCGUUUAUCUUUUCUUUCUUUUUUUUUCUUUUACAUGGCUCAUUUUUGUAAUAGCUGAUUGAUUUUUUUCUUUUGAAAAUCAUGAUUUAUGAAAAGGUCCAAAUAUUAUUUGAUGAUGCACGAAACAAUAAAUAAUAUAUUAUGUAUGUUCGAGGAAAAAAUAUACAUAAAACUAUA